UCAGAUUUUAGAUUCUGGUAUUGAAUCUUGAGACCUGAGGAAGAUUGAUCAAGGAUCGAUGAUACAGAUAAACUCAAAACUCAUCAUCAAUUCAAACAGAAAUCGGAUAAAUUCAAUGGAAUAAACACACUCGGAUACGGAAACCAAACCUAUCUGUCAUAGUGAAGGAUCCAAAGGAAGAUCAAUACUUCAAUGAUGAGAUCAGCAACAAUGUAAGAAAUCGAUCGUCGAAAUGACAUGACACAUGCAGAUUGAAAUAGAAUGGCAUCAUGGAAUAUUCGACAUUCAGUUAUCAACUCAUCUUGAAAUAUCAGAUCAAUUUCAUUCGAAUUCUGAAGAACUCAGAACCAGAUCUAAUCAAGAUCAACUACUAAAAUUACCCUUCAUAAUAUCCUGCUCUAUUCAUAAUCUCGUCCACCUCAACAGAUGAAACUAGAUACCUGUUCCCUGUUCCUUCUAACCAUGCUGCGCAGCAUCCUACCGUACCACUCAGGAUCAGGUACCGACUACCGAGUACCGACGCAAUACCACCUAUAGUAAAAGGCCUGAGCGCUGAAUCGUUAUCACCUUCUGACGUCACACCUUAAGGGGACUCGAUUGUGUUUACCAUUUGAAUUUUAACGUAUGAUUAAAUGGCGAAUUCGUGAAAUUGAGUAAAACUUUCGUUGAAAAAGUUAUUAAAAUGAUGACUAAUUAAUUAAAUUCGUUCUAAAAUGUGGUACAGUGAUGAAAUAUUGUUGUUUUUAUCUACUGGUGGUGUUGGAUUAUCAUUUAUUUUUGUACAAAAGUGAAUUUUUCGCGAUCUGUUUGUGUUGUGACUGUUGUGUGAUUUGGAUGUGUAGAUAUCUUGUGAAGUGAAUAAAAAUGAAAACUGAUGUGUACUAGUGCCUGUGUUUUACUUGAAUAACGUUGCAGUGAAAUGAAUAGUGCACCAUAAAAUCUACAAUGAGUUUUAAACCUGCAUAGUGAAUACAAGAAUACAACCAUCCAACUACAAUGGAUAUCUGAUCAAGAAACCAUCAAAAUCUCAAACCAAUUUGCUGAAAGUGUUCGAAUCAUCAAUUUUAUCACUCAAGUUGGUCAGCAAAAUCAGAGAAAUUGUUUUUAUCGAUCAUAUCACUGCUGAAGAAACUAAACAGUUAUCUGUCCUGUGGUUUUUUACCUGUAGUUGAAAAUGGAAAUGGAAUACACACAUUGGAAUUAGAGUUGAUAUCAUUUUAAUUUAGUGGGAUUUGGACAAAUUCGACAAUUAUUCAUUAUAUUUCACCAGUGAGUUUUGUAAUAUCUUCCAAAAGGUAUAAUUUUGUCAUGUGUAUGCAUAACUUUCAUCUUUAAUGUUGAAAAACAGUGUUGUUUAUCACCUCAUUUUUUCAUUUUGUUCAUUUAAAUCAUUCCUUAGUGAUCUUAAAUUAAUUAUUAAAUAUCAGAAUGUGAUUUAAAACGCAAAAUUAAAUGUUCUUGGGAUUUAUUUCGUUCUAGUGCAUUAAUAUUGCAUUCAUUUCUAUAGUGUUAUCGGAGUAUGUACUCCCCAAUAGUGAUGACGUCACAAAACAGCGCUCAGGCCUUUUACUAUAGGUGGUAUUGACCGACGCCACAUAUUCGCCGAUUUUUCCGAAGAUCGAUUCAUUUCCAUUAAUUAGCAUAAAUUAAACAGGGGGAUCGGAAACAUUACAGCAGUAUAACGAUACGUUGUUCCAAUGUCACCUUUUGCUUCUCUGCUUUUUAGCAGCUUUAUUAUGUACGUCAGUCGUCAACUUGAACUGGAUUCCGGCGCGGCGUUCGGCGUUCCUCUGCUCUUACAUAUCUCCCACCCUCACCAUGGAUGCAUUCUCGUAACCAGUUUCUAUUGUCAACGCGACCAGUAAGAGUGAACUGUGCAACGACCUUCACUUCUCACUUGUUGAAUACACGUGAUGAGACGCAGUAAUGGUAUUUUUUUCGUGAAUUUCAUUUCAACGCAUUCUGCAAUUCACUCAUUCGCUUUUUAUCAUGAUACCAUCGAGUCUUUGUUAUCUUGAUCGUUGAUCGUGUAAAUUACCUCGCGGAAUAUUCGUUCAACUCGUGCAUAUAUGCCUAUAAUAUUCGAAUAAAUAUCUGUUUCUGUUAAAGUGUGAGACGCGUUGUUGUGUAUGAAUGAACUCAUGUCGUCGGGUAAAAUGCGAAAUUAUAGUGUUGUUAUCUGAACCGUGGUUCGUGUUGACAGAAGAUACACGACAAGACCGCCAUUCGAAAUGCCAUCACCUCCGGAAUAUCGCGAUUUGGUGGAAAAACCACUAGCGUUUGAAAAACCUAUAGUAAUAGAAACUGCGAGUGAUGAAAUGGAUGAGACUAGUUUAUCCGUCGAACAGAUUUUAGCUUUGGGUAAACAACGAGCUUCCGAGUACUUGAACAGUUUACAUUCUAACGACAUUAUUCGUAAAGUACUCGACGAAAUUCUAGCUAAUGGAUUAGAUGUAGAUUGGAUUAAAUGGUUAAUAGCUGGAGGUAAAUCUCCAGACGAAUUCGCCUAUCAAGUUAAACAAUACAAUAAAGCUACCAUUUGUGGAUUAGUAUGGACUACGAAUCACGUAGCUUAUAGAUGCAAGACUUGCGGUAUAGCUCCUUGUAUGUCGUUAUGUGCUGAGUGUUUUCAAAGAGGACAUCAUGAAGAACACGAUUUUAAUAUGUUUCGAAGUCAAUCUGGAGGAGCUUGCGAUUGCGGAGAUGCUUCGGUUAUGCAGUCUUCGGGAUUCUGUGAUAGACAUGGCGUUGCUAAAGAUUCAGAAAAUAUAGCAGUGCCUCCUGAUCUGAUGCGAGUUGCUCGUACAAUAGCUCCUAGGAUUUUAUUCGAGUUCAUCAAGUAUUUGAGGAAUUUGAGACACGAUGAUAGAUUCGUUCCCAUUGCUGAUAAUUUCCUAAGCAUGUUGAUCGAAUUUAGUAAUAUGGGAUCUGUGAUGAGAGAAGUGUUAACGAAAGCAUUACUCGAUCGUCAGGAAUACCAAAAAUUCACUCGUGAUUGGGUUAAAGACGAAUCUAAAUUUGCCCAAAGUAUGGCAACUAGUCAGAUAUUCUACGAAGACGCUUUAGAAUCGUUAAAAAUUCUUGACCCACCUGUUCAAUAUAAAGACUGUCCCGGACUGCAAAAAGAAUUAAUCCAUAAUACUUUUCUCGAAGAAUUAUUUUUCUGGACUGUAAAAUUCGAAUUCCCAGAAAAAAUAGUGUAUUUUCUAUUGAACAUGUUGCCAGAUAUCGAAUACAAGGAAGCGUUAACGGAGACCUUCGUAAUGCAUUACAGUCGUAUCGCGAUGAUUUUAGAAGAAACACAAGACCCAGAUCAACUGCCCAAUCGUGUAGUUCAUCUCAGCGUACAAUUAUUCUACAGAGAGAACCUGGCUGUAAAGAUGACCAAUGAUUUUGGCAUUUUACACAUCAUGGUAGUCUGUUUGAAGAAUAUGAUGAGUAAAGUGCUGUUGACAUCGAAUCCAUCGAGUACGUUGAAUGAUAAACAAUCUUCGUGCGAAGUGGUGGAUUGUGGGUUGCCAUUGAUAAAAGAAUGUCGUUAUUGGCCUUUGGUCUCCGAUCUCAAUAAUAUUCUAUUCCACGAACCGGUUGCUAGACAGUUUAUGAACAAUGAUACGUUGAUCGAAAUGUGGUUCUCGUUUUUGGCUUAUUUUCAAGGAAUGAAUGUGAAUCAACGUGAGCUCAACGAUCACAUAGAAUUAGAAUCGAACAUUUACAACGGUGCUUUUCUAGCCGAACUGGAAGCUAGCGCUCAUCCAAUGUGGAGAUUACUCACUCAUUUAAGGAAUACGAAUUCUGUUCCUUUGCUGAAAAAAUUACUAGAUAAUUGUCAGCUUUCGUUGCAAAAGUGGAUCGAAUCGACGAACGGAACCGUCGAUGGAUUUGGCGAGAAUUUAGUUUCGUUUCAUAUUCCUUUGCAUCGUUAUUUAGCAAUGUUAAUUUGUCAAGCUGUCAACGUGUUACGUAUCCCUUUAUCGGAGGUUUUACCUACGAAUAGUUCGAUAUAUUCCAUUUUGAAACAUCCUUUACGGAUUCAAGUUGCAUUUUACGAGAUAAUCAACGGAUUAUGGAUUCGGAAUGGUUUACAAAUCAAAGGACAAGCUAUGAAUUACAUCCAGUCUGAUUUUUGUAAUUCGAUGAUGGAUACUGAUUUAUACCUGUUGCAAAUUUUAUCUACUCGUUUGCCUGCUCACGAAUUCAUAUCAGAAUUAAUCGACAAAUUUCAUAUCAGAAACUGGUUCAAUAUUUUCAACAAAAUAGAUGUUUCCUCAAAUGCAGCGAAUAACGAUAUCGAUACCGAAACCAAAAUGCUGGAAAGCCUUUUGCAAUUUAUCGCCACCUUGUGCAGUGUUCGGACUAAUUUAUCUGGUGUACCUAAUUACGAAUACGAAGGAUCUACCUAUCCUGUCCAAACUCGAUCGGAAAUAGUGACUUUGUUAUGUGUUAGCGAUCAUCCUCAUAGUCGGUUGAAGGAGUUGAUGCCAGAUCGAUGUGGAACCGAACCUCUGAGGCAUUUUGAUGCUAUUUUGGCGCAGAUCGCUGAUUACAAAGCUCCAAUCACAGACGUGAAUGGAACCCUACAACAAGCUCUGUAUAUUCCAAAAUCAUUCGUUUGGGAAACUCUCUACGAUCCUAUUCACGCCCUGAUGCGUGUUCAAAAAGAAGAUUUCCAGAAUUCAAUGAAUCGAUUCGCAGAAUUCGUUAGACAUAAUAACCUGUUGCCUGGCGGAGGGAUCCCAUGGCCUCCUUAUCGUAUUCCUUCCGAAUGUAUCGACUCGUACCAAGAUCCUAGCAAUGUUUUGAAGUCGAGAAUGUUCCACGCGAUUAUUUGGACCAUUCUGUAUAAAGCCGUGUACGUGAAGAACGUUUCCGAAGAAGCUUUAUCCUUAACUAUGUAUUUAUUGGAGUUGGCCAUUAAUGCGGAUCGUAAUCAGAAUGAUGCUAAUUCGGUUAAAGAAUAUUCGCAAAAGAAUAAAAACUGGAUCGAUGUUACGAAUCUAGAACUGGAUAAAUGGUUUUCAACCGAUUUGCUGUCGAUUAAUUUGAGAACCAGUGUCAGAUACGUUGUUUUUGCUGCUCCUCUCAAAGCUGAAAAUUCAAAAUGUGAAUCACGUAAUCCAGACAUAGCUGAUUUGUCUACCAAACGUAGAACUGGUAUUCAAAAUUUAUCCAUCAUUAAUCGAAAUAAGCCUGAAAAAAGCGCUACCGGAGUCAAAACCGAACCCUACAAUCUAUCCAGUCCACAGUUGAAAAAACUCAGCGCUAACGAGAGCAUUAUAUCGAUGCUUUUAAAACUGCAUUCCAAUCUUUCUAUAAACGUAGACUCAUUUAAUCCGGAAACUAUUCCUACAGAAGAGCUGAAUUACAGAAUCGGAGACGGAUCAGCUUUCAUCGCCAAAGUUCUCAAACGUAUUGCGAUGUUGGAUGAUUUCUGCAGGGAGGAAGUGAUGCAAUGUUGCCAUCGUUUAUACCCUCAACGAUCGCCCAGAGAUAGUGAUAAAAAAGACCUGGAAGAAAAAGAAGAAAGCGAGAGGAAACGAAUCGCUAGAGAAAGACGUCAAAAAAUCAUCGAGAAAUAUGCCCAUCAAAGGGAAGAAUUUCUCAAAAAGAAUAUAAACGAUGAAGAUAAAAUGGAAUGCGAAGAAGUAACGUUGAAAGAAUACCAUUGUGUAAUUUGCAAAGAAACAUCGCCCAGUAAACCAGACAUGCCAAUGGGAUUAAUCGUUCUCGUCCAACCAACUAACGUAUUAGCUCACAAACGAAGAAACGAAGCUAAGAAGUUACUUCCAUUACGCGACGAAGAUGCAACCACUUCAUUCAGUCAACAUCCUUUAACCGGAGAAUUUGAGAAAAAGAUUUCGAGUUGGAAAUUUUCCAAUUCAGGUUGCCUGAGAGGAGUUCACGUUCAAACUUGCGGUCAUCAUUUACACUUGGAAUGUUUAAAGUCGCACUUGCAAUGGUUGCAGAAUCAACAACAGAAGGCCGAGUCGAGCGACGAGCCCGAAAUAAUAGAAUUAAUGAACGAUGAAUAUCAAUGUCCUUUAUGUCGUCAAUUGGCCAAUAAUGUGUUACCGAUAUUGCCGGAUGUCAUCGAGAGUUCUGUUCGUGAUCUAUCGACAAUUAGUGAUCGUGAGGAAUCGGAUAUAAAGAAAAUCACAGAUCUCAUAACUAGAACCGUAAAUACGAAUUCAUCUAUUCUAUCUCCGUGUUUGUUGGACGCCAUCAAGAAAUCCAUCAGCGACAUGAUCGAGUCAUCGUAUCCGAAUUUGAGGCAAACACACGAUCUCAAUCAAGACUGCGCUCUGAUGCAAUUUAUCAUUUCGGUGGCUCGAUCGAACCUAGAAAUCGAUCUAGUUCAACGAGGAGGCUCAUUAUUGAACUUGGAACCUCGAAGUUGCUCCUCGAAAGAUACUUCUACCUCGUUAGUGAGAAGAUCGUGUCUCAUGCCUUUAUUGCACAUGCUGGUUACUCGAGCACGAUUGCUGAACUAUUCUGCUGCACUGCAAAUAUGGCGGAAAUUGAGUGAUGGCGCUAUUGAGCCACAACAGCCAUCAAGUGAUUCGGAUUCUAGUCAAGAUGUGCCGUUAUUAUUACAAGAUCCGGCAGAAUUACUCGUUCAGCUCGUUUUAUGUUUGCCUUUGAAUAUGGAUCGAGCCUAUUUCACCCGCAUAGUCAGAUUAUCGUAUAAUCUGAUGUAUUUCCAAGUGCUGGCGCAAUUAUCAUUUUAUCUCGAAGAAUCAGAACGUAAUUAUUUUCGUAACGUCGACUCGGCUGCCGGUUCAGUGGAGAAAUUCACUUUAGAUCUCGGUAUGAAAAUAGUCAUCUCAUCGAUAGACUCGCUCCAAUCGUUCUCAAAACAAGACUGCUGCAAAAUACCUUCGCUUCAAAAUAUACAGCUACAAAUUCGAGAAUUAUGUUUACCUUUUCUGCGAGUAGCAUGUUUGCUUCGUAAUUAUUUAUACGAAAAUCCGUUACCAGAUAUUACAACUCAGCAAGAUGAAUUCCAGCGUUUAGUGGAAUAUUUGGAAUUAAUUCCUAACGAUGUUGAACUAUCACAUGAUCCAUCUUGCGCAGUUACUUGGAGCAGCGAUAAUUUCUCAGUUAUUAAUUCUUGGUUUGGAGCAUUCUUGAAUUAUGUAUCGCAACACGAACUCCAAGCUGUGGAUUUUGUAUCCGAAUUGCACGUUUCGUGGAAACCGCCAAGGUUGCUCGAGUUACCGCGCAAAUAUAGUGUUCUAUUUCAGUAUUAUCACGAGAAAUCCUGUAAGAAUUGCGAUCAGGUUCCUCAACAAGGCGCCAUUUGUUUGGUCUGCGGCACGUUGGUAUGUUUUCAGCAACUCUGCUGCAGACGUGAAAACGUUCACGAAGCUGUGCAGCAUUCGAUAGAUUGUGGAUCAGGCACUGCCAUAUUUUUGAUGAUAAGUUCGACCGGCGUUGUGAUUAUUCGAGGUAAAAGAGCUUAUGUUUGGGGUUCAAUUUAUUUGGACGGUUUCGGCGAAGAAGAUAUCGAACUUAAACGAGGAAAACCACUCUUCCUGAGCGAAGAACGAUAUCAAUUAUUGGAACAGCAAUGGUUAUCGCAUCGUUUCGAUCACACGUCAAAGAAAUGGGUUAUGCAUAGAGAUACUUUAUAGAUUAGAGACAAUUUUCGUUUAUUUCGACUAACGUGUAUGGAAUACGUGGCCAAGUUCCCAGAUUUUUAAAAGUUCACGUUCAGUUCUCGAACUUUUAGUACAAAUUCGAGUUUAGUUUGCAAACUUGAACCGAACUAGUUCAUAAUGGUUAAACGAGUUCAUUUUGGUCAUGAACUUGAACUUUAUAAAUUAUGAACUUGUUCACUUUCAAGUACAAACAUAUCAUUUUCAUACUGUAAAUUGAGGAGCUCAUUGCAAAAAUAGCCCUUGUCACUUUGAAAAAAAAUGAGGAGCUCAUUGCAAAAGUAGCCCUUGUCACAUGAACCUAUGCAAUCUCCAAAGCUCUCCCUUGAGCUUACCCAGUAUCAUGAAUGUAAACUCUAUAAAGCAAUUCCUCUCAGGGCUACUCAGGGUAGACUAACUUGACGGUCAUUUCAUCAUUAUAACAUGAUCUCCGCAGUUGGCAAUAGGUGCAAUCGAGUAAAACGUGUCUAAAAGUUCAUGUGACAAGUGCUACUUUUGCAAUGAGCUCCUCAAAUUGACUGCAUUGUAUGGAUGCAUCAGUAUGAUUGUCCUCUAAAAGUUUUUCUGAGAGUAACAAGAAUUACUCAAGUUGAUAAAAAAAAAACUCUUUUUGAAUACACUAUACCAAUUCAUCAGGACUUUACAGUGGUUUUUUGUCUUGCUUGUUUUUGAUUUUCAUUUUGGACAAGGGCUAUUUUUGCAAUGAGCUCCUCAAUAUCGCCUCGGCUCUCAGGUUGCCCAACAAAACAGACCAAACUAAAUUUAUCCAAACUUGAACUUGAUGAAAAAAGAAUUCAAUGUGAGCUGAACCAUUCAUUAUUCAAAUUUUAACUGAACUGAGUUCAUUCUUUACCAAGGUUCCUAAUCCUAACUUCUACAUCAAGUUCAAGUUUAGUUUGCAAACUUCAUUUAUUAUGAAUUGAAGCCAUUCCCUCUUCUCAUUUCUGAUUUCUAAAAUUCACAUUUUUCAUAUAAUCGCCUCAGCUUGAUCGUUUACGCCACAAAACAAACCAAACUAAACUUGAAUUUGAUUUUAAAAAAAGAACCGAACUUGAGGUCAUAUUCCGGAUGAACUUUGCCAGGUAUGAAUAUGGGCAUUGAAAUGAGUUUAUAAAUAUAUGUUUAUUAAAUCGACAAUUCUACCUCUGUUAUUUUCACGUGCUCAAUUGCACCUUUCGAAACCUACGUGAGAAAGUUAAGUUUUUUAAUAAUUUAGCUCGUUCCUUACUGUUUAUGUAUUAUUGACUUUUUUUUAUGUACUUAUUUUUUUCUUCUUGUGUGUCCGUAAUGUGUUGAUAUGUACGUUUCAGAAGCAUUGUGGCAAAUGCGUAGUCGUUUAGAAUAAGUGUUUUGUGUAAUCGAUCGUGUUUUUAUAUUUUUCUCUUUUUUUUUUUUUGUAGUCUUUAUUGAGUGUACUGUGUACCUACUACCUAAGUACCUAGCUACCAAUUUAGUGUAUUUUAUUUCGAUGAGGAUUAAAGUUCCGUGUGACUAAUA